CUUCCGGGGCAGAUGUCGUCGUAGCAGCUGUAGGGAGGGGAAGCCAUUUUUUGUUUCUGGGAAGAGUAAGGAAGAAACCGGGAGAAAAGCGAGGGGGGAGUAAAGAGAAAAUAGAAGGGCUCAGCCCCUUUCCGCUGAACCGAAGAUAGGAAGCAGUUUCGGCUGGUGGGUAAGGUCCCGAGGGCCCAGAGAUGUUUUCCCUGUCGAGCACUGUGCAGCCCCAGGUUACAGUUCCUCUUAGUCAUCUCAUCAAUGCCUUCCAUUCACCAAAAACCGGAUCUGUUUCUGUCAAUACAUCUGUUUCUCAAAAACAUCAUCGAGAUACAGUUCCUGAGCAGGAUACUCCCAGUAGUGAGCCUGUACUUAAUUUAAGGGACCUUGGAUUAUCUGAAUUAAAAAUUGGACAGAUUGAUCAACUGGUAGAAAAUUUACUUCCUGGAUUUUAUAAAGACAAAAGAGUUUCUUCCCAUUGGCAUACAUCUCAUGUCUCAGCACAGUCCUUCUUUGAAAAUAAAUAUGGUCACUUAGAUAUGUUCAGUACACUACGCUCCUCUAGCUUGUACAGACAACAUCCAAAAACUCUUCGAAGCAUUUGUUCAGAUCUUCAGUAUUUUCCAGUUUUCAUACAGUCUCGGGGUUUUAAAACUUUGAAGUCAAGGACACGACGUUUGCAGUCUACUUCUGAAAGAUUAGCAGAAGCACAGAAUAUAGCACCAUCAUUUGUGAAGGGGUUUCUUUUGCGGGACAGAGGAACCGAUCUUGAGAGUUUGGACAAACUUAUGAAAACAAAAAACAUACCUGAAGCUCACCAAGAUGCAUUUAAAACUGGUUUUGCAGAGGGUUUUCUCAAAGCUCAAGCUCUGACACAGAAGACCAAUGAUUCCUUAAGGCGGACUCGUCUGAUCGUCUUUGUUCUGCUCCUGCUUGGCAUUUAUGGACUCUUAAAAAACCCAUUUUUAUCUGUUCGCUUCCGGACAACCACAGGACUUGAUUCUGCCGUAGAUCCUGUCCAGAUGAAAAAUGUCACUUUUGAACAUGUUAAAGGGGUGGAGGAAGCCAAACAAGAAUUACAGGAAGUGGUUGAAUUCUUGAAAAACCCACAAAAAUUUACUGUGCUUGGAGGUAAACUUCCCAAAGGAAUUCUUUUAGUUGGGCCACCAGGAACAGGAAAGACACUUCUUGCUCGAGCUGUGGCAGGAGAAGCUGAUGUUCCUUUUUAUUAUGCUUCUGGAUCAGAAUUCGAUGAGAUGUUUGUGGGUGUAGGAGCCAGCAGGAUCAGAAAUCUUUUUAGAGAAGCAAAAGCAAAUGCUCCUUGUGUUAUAUUCAUUGAUGAAUUAGAUUCUGUUGGUGGGAAGAGAAUUGAAUCUCCAAUGCAUCCAUAUUCGAGGCAGACUAUCAAUCAACUUCUUGCUGAAAUGGAUGGUUUCAAACCCAAUGAAGGAGUAAUCAUUAUAGGUGCCACAAAUUUCCCAGAGGCAUUAGAUAAUGCCUUAAUACGUCCUGGUCGUUUUGACAUGCAAGUUACAGUUCCAAGGCCAGAUGUGAGGGGUCGGACUGAAAUUUUGAAAUGGUAUCUUAAUAAAAUAAAGUUUGACAAAUCUGUUGAUCCAGAAAUCAUAGCUCGAGGUACUGUUGGGUUUUCUGGAGCAGAGUUGGAGAAUCUUGUGAACCAAGCUGCUUUAAAGGCAGCUGUUGAUGGAAAAGAAAUGGUUACCAUGAAGGAACUAGAGUUUUCAAAGGAUAAAAUUCUAAUGGGACCAGAAAGAAGAAGUGUGGAAAUUGAUAACAAAAACAAAACCAUAACAGCCUAUCAUGAAUCUGGUCAUGCUAUUAUUGCAUAUUACACAAAGGAUGCAAUGCCAAUCAAUAAAGCUACAAUCAUGCCACGGGGGCCCACACUUGGACAUGUCUCACUGUUGCCGGAGAAUGACAGGUGGAAUGAAACCAGAGCCCAGCUGCUUGCACAAAUGGAUGUUAGUAUGGGAGGGAGAGUAGCAGAGGAGCUCAUAUUUGGAACUGACCAUAUUACAACAGGUGCUUCUAGUGACUUUGAUAAUGCAACACAAAUUGCAAAAAGGAUGGUUACCAGAUUUGGAAUGAGUGAAAAGCUUGGAGUUAUGACCUACAGUGAUGCAGGAACACUAAGUCCUGAAACUCAAUCUGCCAUUGAACAAGAAAUAAGAAUCCUUCUACGGGAAUCAUAUGAACGAGCAAAACAUAUCUUGAAAACUCAUGCAAAAGAGCAUAAGAAUCUAGCAGAAGCCUUGUUGACUUAUGAGACUUUGGAUGCCAAAGAGAUUCAAAUUGUUCUUGAGGGGAAGAAAUUGGAAGUGAGAUGAUAACUCUCUUGAUAUUGUUGGUUUUAUUACGAGAAUAUAAGUAGCCCUGCAGUCUCUUUUUGCAACAUUCUUCAACCCCCAUUCUUGACUUGGUAUAUAACUCAAGGAUGUGAAACACUUUGUCAGUCUUCUGUCACAUUAUCUGAUUUUGGUUAUUCCCAUGAUGACACCCAUUGAAGAUUAGUAGCCCAUAGCAAGUACAUGAAAACACAAUAAAUAAAAAACUGUCAGGAUUAAAGACAGAUUGUUUGAAAAAUGUCAGUCAAUCAUGUUAAAAGUAAGCAAUCAUUUUGUGGUUGAUUACUUGAAGUGAGUGAAAAUUGUGCCUUUAUCUACUGGUAAGUAUUUUUUUUUUUUUUUAAAUUUGCAAGCUAAAAUAAUUGAAAAGCUAUCAUCUCCUGAUAGUUAUAUUUCUCUUUGGUAAAAAAUAAAUGCCAUGGGUAAAUCAAUUUCUGCAUAUAUCAGUGGAAAUCAUUAAGAUGUACUUAAUUAUGUUCUUAAUUGACCAUGUAAAAUGGCCUUUCAAAGAAGCUUUUUGAAUUGUAAACAAAGAUAUAAUCAGAAUUUAAAUGAUUAUAAUAUUUUGAAAAUGCAGCAUGCAUGCCCAUUUUCUUUCAGAUUGUACUAUCUCACUGACAAAAUUGGUUUCAGAACACCAGUAUUUUAUGACAUAAGUAACAAAGUAUAUUCUGAAUAAUUGUAUAAUUACAUUUAAUCUCAAAAUCAAAAUGAAACCAAAAACUCAAUUCCUUUUAAGAGGUCUUUCAACUUCUACCUUGUCAUAGUUGGAAGGCUUUUGCAUCUGCACAUAUUACAGGAUUUAUUAGUGAUUUCAUCUUUAAAUCAGUAGAAUGUAGAGUGCAUUGUAUUGGUGUUAUAACCAAAUUACAUUCUUGUAGGAACUAUUAAAAUACAUUCAGUUUUCUCAUUGAGGAUGUACAUGGUCUUCUUUGAAGAAGAUAAGUAUAAUUAAAGGGACCUUGUUACAUGAUAUUCUUGGCCUCUUUAAUCUUAAAUUUUGAUAACAAUUUCAGACUGAAAAUGUUGGUAGAGCUCCUUUAUAUUCUUGAUCAAGACACAUGGAUUGUUUUCAUUUUUCCUGCUUUUUACUGUUUCCGUUGUCACUCAUAUUCAUGUGCUCAUACUCUCUCCUUCCCCUCAUUUUCUGCAUAUUCAUACAUAACAUAUAUAGAAAACGUUGGUAUUUUGUUUUAUCUAACCUAACUUAAAACAGUUUUACAGUCACAUUGAGUUGUAAUUUUCAUGUUAUAAAACUUGUUCAUUGUAAAUAUAUAGACCAAAGACUUUUUUCUGUGUAAUCAUCCCUACUAUUAGGUUUUAGCAUAUUUUUUUCAAGCUUUCAAAAUUCAAAGUGACUAUACAAAUUUCCUUUGUAGCUUGUGUUAUGUGAGGUUUACAGUUUCAUCGCCAAUCACUAUAACGUGAUAUCUCAUCAAUGACAUCCAAAUCAAAUACCUCACAGUUCUAGUCUCAGUAAAUUAUAUUGCAAGUUUACUGUGACUUUUGAGUUUUAGUUGGUUUUAUUGCUUCUACUUCAUGUGUAUGCAAAGACUUUGACAAUCAAAUGUGGAUAUGGAUAGCUGGAGAAUUUUCUGCUCUGCAUGUCUGGUAAACUUAGAGUAUUUUAUGAAGUGAUUAUCAACUUCCUGUGCAUUUCUCACAUCACAGAAAUCUCAUGACUGUCUACUCUCAUCUUGUUUGCAUAUUGCAGAGCAACCAACCACUUAAGGCUAGUAAGCUGCUUAUCAUUGAGAUUCUAGAUUUACAUCAGAUCAACUGAAUUCUCUUGUGAAAAUGAGAAUAAGCCUUUUAUUUUUCUUGGGGUGUUUUUUGCUUGUUUGUUUGUUUUGGGUCUUUUCCAGAAAGUUCUCUGUACGUAGUGUAGGCUAACCUCCAAUUGACCAGCCUGCCUGAUCCUUCUGGAUGGUUAUAGGUAUGCUCCACCAUUCCUGGCACACAAGUCUUUAUUUUACAGGUCUUCCUUCACUGUGGUUCAACUAUUGAACCUGUGGGCUGGGAACUGUCCUGAGUAGGCAGGAUAACCAGAGAAUCUUAUUCUUGGUUGCACUCUGGUUUUCAUGAAGAAACAAGUCAUACUUUGUUGUAGGUCUUCUGUUAAUUUCAAGAGUCAUGAAAUGGUUGUUUGUGAUGGUUUGCUUGAGCUUUGUAGUUGACUUUUGUCAACUGAAAAUGAAUCUCUCCUGGAAAGCACAUUCCAACUGAAGCAUUUUAAAGUGAGUGGAUUUAGAAAGCAGCUUUAAGCUUUCCUGAGCUUAUAUUCAAAGCCAUUCAAAUACCUGAAUUGAAUUGUGGGAAUUGGACUCUUCAGCAUCCAUCCCCAGCAUGAACACCCACUUAAAUAAUUCAUUAUAUGUGAAAAUACCUUCACUUGGAUUAAGCAAGCUAAAUAACUAAGAACCUGGUUGUAGGAUAGUAGUAAGAAAACAGGCGUUGAGUAGGAUAGAAAAGGCAGUUUGUAACAUUCCGUAUGUUAUACUUGCUCACAUCCAGCCUGCAGAGCAUGAAGACACAGUUUCCCAGUGGGGAAGAGGGGAGCAAGCACAGAACGUGGGUUAGAACCCAGUAUUGGGCUUGCAUACCACCAUAAAAUGCAGUAAUGGACAGACCCUACAUCCACUCUUCUCUGGUGACGUGAGAUGAGCACUGACUGUAAUGGCCGUUGGUUCAGAAUAACCUGUAUUCAAAGUGCUGAGGAAAGCCCUGCCUGCCAGGAUAUUGUACUUAACGAAACUGACCUUCAGAAGUAAAGCAGUCUCACAGACAAAAGCUAUGAGAAGACAUCACCUCCUGAUUUGUUGAAGAAAUGCAAAAGGGAGUUAUUCAAAUGGAAAGAAACUUGCUAGUACAAUAUACCUGAAAAUACAAAAGUCUGAUAAAAGUAAACACUUAAAUUUAGAGCACUCUGGUGAUUGUAUUUAAAUCACUACUUUUAGUAUAGAUGUUAGUAGGGAAAUAUCUACAAUAAUUUUCAAGAGUUCGUGACAACAGACUACAGAUGGUAUGUAAAGGGUAGAGGAUUAUUUUUUCCUAUUGAAGUUGCCAUCUUAGUUCCUGUCUCGGCUUCCCUUAGUGAGGGAUUGUGAUUGGGACUUUUAAGCUAACGAUGCUUUCCUAGCCAAGUGGCUGUUCAAGGUCUUUAUCACAGCAGUAGAAAGCAAACCAAAUGAAAAGAUGAAAUAGCAAGUGGCAGAUGAUAAAAAGGAAAACACCAUCAAGUCAGGUGCACAAAACAUCCAACAGAAGCUGACUGGGAGGCAGCAAAGUGGAGUUCUCCAUGGAGUCUCUGGAAAGAGCAGAAUGGUUCUUCAGGUGAGCCUUUGAAGUAGAAGAAGAAAUAGCAGAGACAUACCAAAUCAGGUGCAAGAAUAUCCUGCAGAAGUGUACUGAGAAAGAUGGGCCAGUUGCUGGAGUUUCCAGUUGAGUGCCCUCUCUACUCUGUGCCAACUUGUGGAUCAAAUUCCUGUGACUAAAUUUCUGAAUUUUCUUCCUCACUGUAGGCACUUCAACAUUAUGGAAUAAACAAUAGUAAUGACA